GCCGGAAGAGCCGUGCGGCGGUGCGGAGCGGGGCCGGGAGGCGGCUGGCUUGAGCCGGGCGCGGCGGGACCCCGCGGCUGCCGCCAUGUCGCGCUGUGCAGAGGUGAGCUGUGGUGCCGUCAGCCGCCUUUGGCCCUGCGCUGGGCGGAGACGGACCCCCUCGGGGAGGAGCCGGCGCGGAUCUUGCGAGUGGGGAGAACGAGGAGGGAAGUAAUGGUAUCAACUUGAUGGAGUUCUCGGAUGAGAUCCUUCUGCACAUCCUAAGCUACGUCCCUUGCACAGACCUGGUCCUGAACGUCAGGAAGACCUGCAGGAAGCUCGCAACGCUUUGCCUUGACAAGAGUCUAACCCACACUGUUUUACUUCAGAAAGACUAUAAGGUGAACAAGGACAAAGUGAAGCAACUGAUGAGGGAUAUCGGAAAAGAGAUUUACCAGCUGAACAUGGCUGGGUGCUAUUGGCUGCCCAGCUCCACCACUGAUCAUGUAACACGGUGCAAGAACCUGGUGAAACUGAACUUGUCCGGGUGCCGUAUCACCUCCCUCCGUCUCUCAAAGAUGCUGUCCACACUGCAGCACCUGCGGUCCCUGGCGAUAGAUGUAAACCCGGGUUUUGAUGCCAGUCAGCUCAGCAGUGAAUGCAAAGCCACCCUCAGCCGUGUGUCAGAAUUGAAGCAAACCCUUUACACUCCGUCAUACGGUGUUGUUCCGUGCUGCACUAGCCUUGAGAAACUGCUGCUUUAUUUUGAGAUCCUCGAUCGCUCACGAGAAGGUUUCAUGCUGUCUGGACAGCUAAUGGUGGGUGAGAGCAAUGUGCCCCACUACCAGAACCUUCGUGUCUUCUACGCCAGGCUGGCUCCUGGCUAUGUUAAUCAGGAGGUGGUGAGGCUGUACUUGGCUGUGCUGAGCGAUCGGACACCUGAGAACCUUCACGCCUUCCUUAUUUCUGCCCCUGGCAGUUUUGCUGAGACAGGAGCCACUAAAAACCUUCUGGACUCAAUGGCUCGAAAUGUACGCCUGGAUGCUUUACAGUUGCCCAAGGCCUGGCUUAAUGGUUCUGGACUCCUGCAACACUUGAAGUUCAACAACCCUUUCUACUUCAGCUUUAGCCGAUGCACCUUAUCUGGUGGCCACCUGAUCCAGAGAGUUAUUAACGGUGGGAAGGACCUUAAAAGCUUGACCAGUUUGAAUCUCAGUGGCUGCGUUCACUGCCUGGCUCCGGAGUCUUUGUUUCGAAGAGCAGAAGAUGACAUUGACAGUAGCAUUCUGGAAAGCCUGGUGGUGUCUUGCUGCAACCUCAGACACCUCAACCUCUCCGCGGCUCACCACCACAGCUCAGAAAGCAUAGGGAAUCAUUUGUGCCAGCUCCUGUCCAGGCUAAAGCACCUACUCUCACUAGCACUACCAGUUUGUUCCAUCACAGAUGUUGCUGUGAGCAUGGAAAAGCCUCCCACGCAGCCUAAUGCGGUGCCCCAAACGUUUGGAAAGAAAACCCGUGUGGGGGUACAGACGUAUCCGAGAACCUUAACGGACCAGGCGUGUCAGAAGUUGGAGUCUUCGGUGUUCUGGAUGCUGAUGAGAAGCCUCCGGUGUUUGGAAACCUUAGAAAUAAUUGGGUCCAGCUUUUCCUCUGCCAUGCCCCGCAAUGAGCCAGCAAUUCGGAACUCACUGCCUCCUUGUGUCCGAGCACAAAGCGUGGGGGAUUCGGAGGUGGCUGCCAUUAGCCAGCUGACUUACCUGCAGAGCCUCACCUUAGCACAGCUGCCAAAUAUUGUUACUGGUUCUGGGCUUGUUAGCAUUGGAUUGCAGUGCCAGCAUUUGCGGACUCUUUCGUUGGCCAACCUGGGCAUGAUGGGGAAAAUGGUCUAUAUGUCUGCUCUCAUGGACAUGCUGAAGCACUGCAAGUGUUUGAGGGAUCUCAGGCUGGAGCAGCCGUACUUCAGCGCGGGCUCCCAGUUCUUCCAGGCCCUGAGUCACUGCUCCUCUCUCCAGCGGCUCUGCAUCGUCUCCCGGAGUGGGACUCUGCAGUCUGAUGCAGUGAUGUCAUUCAUGGCCAACUGCCUCGAGGUCAUCAUGUGCCACAUGUUUAUGGGAGAAUCUCUUACCGUCUGCAGAAAUCUCCAGCAGUCCAUUGUCCGGAGUUUCCAGGCGGACCGCCCGGCGUUAAACGUCGUCAUUUUCCCUCUGCUUCACGAGGACUUGACUGAGGUCAUCAGAGAUGUCCCCAUGAGGCACUUGGAUGAGAUCACCUUGUUUAAAAGCAGAGUGGCCGAGGAGCCCCCCAACCUGUGGUGGUGACAGCGCGGAGGGGACAGGCAGUGCGGAUGUGUAGGGUUGCUUCUCUUUGGCCUGGAUUCCCCACCCGCAGCUCCCGGCCGCCUCCCCGGCUGCUGCACAAUCACUUUCCAUAGGUGCAAUUGCAAAAUAAAAAGCUGUCCAUCUGCAGUGGGGAAACACCUCCUUGGAUGAUGCUUGCAUCUGAGCAGCCUGUCUCGAAGGCUUCUGGAACGCGAUGAGUAUUUCCUUGCGGUUAAUAAUGAAUUGCUUUGUUACUUUACUGAGGUUGAAGGUAAGAGAACCUGACUUCAUGACUCUCUUUCCCCCGUGUCGCCUGGUGUAUUUCCCAAGGGCCCCCGUGUACUUUGGCAGUGUGCUUCGUGAUAUUGGUGGAAAUCAUUCUUCGCUUUGGUCUAUUUUUGGCAAAGUAGAAAGCCUCGGACAGCUCAGAGGCACAGCGGUGUGGCGCUCUGUUGAGGUGCAUCCCAUCUUUUCCAUGUCACAGGUACACGUUGGUGGCCACACACGUGCAGUCGCAGAUAUCGAAUGGUCUUUAGAUUGAGGAGUGCCACGAGGGCUAUUUUUUUAAUGUUUGAAAUAGCAGAUGAUGGUUAUCAGCACCUUGGCUGUGCGCGUUCUUGCUGAUGCUGUGUCCUCGGUUGGCGUGGUGGGAGAUGUUCUCAGCUGUUUUGGAAGUCCUUGUCCUGGGGUAGGUGGAGCCUACAGUGACCGAGUUAAGGCUCAGAUCUGAUUUAGGUGCAGUCUGUCGUGCCGUUUCGAUGGGGAUGUGGUGUUCUGGUGUUGUCCUUAGGUCCCGUGCCCUGAGUUCAUGCUCAUCUUAGAGGCGUAGUGAAGCAUCUUCACAGCAUGACUUCGGUCAGCUUCUCUGCCCCAAAGAACCUCCUCAGGCGUCAGUAGUGGUCUGGAUCACUUUCAUAUUGCCUUAUGUACUGAGCACUUUGAAAGCAUCAGACAGCUGUACCAAAAGCCGUGUUGUGAAUUCCUGGAGCGCCGUUGCUGAGUGGCAGUUGGGUUUCCCUUUUGCUGGAGCGUUUUGUGGCAGAACAGCGGCUCUGUCUUCUGCAGAGCAGCCGUCAGCUGGAGCUGGUUAACUCUGCACCUGCUGUCUCCUAUAUGUGCUCUUGUGUUGAGCAGUGCUUUAAUGGGACGUGGCUCUGGGCAGCCUGGUCUGGUGGUUGAUGACCCUGCCCAUGGCAGGGGGGGUGAAACUGGAUGAUCUUUGAGGUCCUUUUCAACCCAGGCCAUUCUAUGAUUCUAUUCUAUGCGCCUCCACGCAGGUAGGUGAUGGUGUCAGUGAGCGGCUCAGUGUCUGUGCAUUGCUUAAUCCAACCCUUGCACGUGUUUGCUGUCUGCCUGAGCUUCUCUCCCUUCCCUGCUCAGCUUUGGGUCCGGCAGCAGCCGUGCUGAGGCCUCUGGAAACAACCACAUCCUCCCCAUCCUCAGAGUGGAGCUGGGAGCCCUCCUGGAGUGCUGCAGACUGCUGCAGGUCAGGCACGGCGCUGGCACCCCGCAGUUGGCAUCCUGCUGCUGUUUGCUUUCCCCGCGAGGUCGUCCUUCCUACCUCAUGUCAUACUGCUUGCCUGUUCGAAUCCCUCUCUCCCUCUCCAACAACUUUCUCCUCUCCUCCUCCCACGCUCUAGCAAAGCCCAUGAGCUUGUUGGCAGGAAUGCGAGCCUCUGCUCCGUCCAGUUCAGUCCACUCCAGCUCUGCCUGGUGUGUGUCCAGGUUUCUUUCCUAGAGUAAUUGAUGGGGGUCAGGCAGCGAGCUGCUGGAAGCAGUGCCAGUGCUGUGCUCCUCUCCUUCCACCUCUUGGGCAGGGUGAAGGGAAGGCUGAGGGUAUGGAGCCCAGUCUCAUGCUUAAGGAAACCUGUCCUGUCCCACGGAGGAAUCCCAACAGCAGGAGGAAGGCCUUUCCCGUCCCAUCCAGGGAUUUCUCCUCCACCGACACACAGCAGCACCGGUGGGAGUUUGGCAGAGCUGACUGAGUUAACCCUUUGGUUCCCGGGGCUCAGAGCAGCCCCACAAGGCAAGUGGUGCUGAGACCUUUCUCUUGGCAAUGCGGAGCCCACCUGCCUCGUCUCGCUGGGUCGGGGCAGGCAGUCGGGCAUGGUUUGUAACACCAUUAUUCUGUUGCCCAGAGCGUGGUGCUCAGACAUCUGUAUUCAUGCAGGCAGGUCAGAAGUCCUGAUGCAAAUGCAAGCAGUUACGAUCGGGGCUGGGAAAGGUCGCCCAUGGGUAGUAAAGAUAGCACUACAAAAUGGUGAUAAAGAGGGCAAAAUGCCUUCUGCCCGGCCCGUUCCCCAGCCGUGGUCUGGUGCUCCCUAUCCCUGCCACAAAUCCUCUUACGGUGAGUGAGAAUUUCCGCUGCUUCUGCACUGCGGGCAGGAUUCACCAGAUGUUAAUAAUGUGCUUAUUUUCUCUAAGUGCUAUUUUGGCAUCGGUGUUAAUUACAAUUUAUAUUCUGCAACAUUUACACUGGGAAAAGAACCCACCCUAAUAGUCCCCAAUUGGCAGAGCCGGGCUAUUAAGCAUCGCACCAUAUGUUCCGAGCAGAGCAAUGUAUGGGACUCAGAGCCCACUCAGUGCUGAGGCUCCGGCGUGCAGCAUUGGAGCAGGAGAGAAUGGCGGCAUUGGCACGGUGCUGCUAGCUUUUAUUUAACACAAAAUCCCUCCCCUUUCCUCUGGUCCCUGUCCCCAUCUCUCCAGAAAUAUCCCCCCGCUCCCUAUAGGCACCCAGUGAGGUGAACUCAGCCUGCUGCUGCUGCUGUGGUGGGCUGAGAUGAAUGGAUUCCAUCACAGAUGGAGCACUCCUCGCAGGCGCUGCCUCUCUGUGCUGCCCGAUCCCUGCUGGUGUGUUUGGUGCUGCUCUCCAAAGCUGACCCACCACUUCCGGGGCUGCGGGAGAAACCUUUGCACCAACCACUGGUCAGGAGUCCGUGCGCCUUUGGGAGAAGGAGACUGUGGGGGCGAGCAGCAGUAGUGGGGAAAGCAACAGUUGUCUGUGUUCUGCUCGUGCUUCCUUCGGGCAGCGUGCAGGGCUGUGAAGUGCCCUCCUGGGAGGGGAGCGCAGGUCGGGGCUGCCGAUGCGGGCUGCCGGGUAGCAGAGCAGAGGCCCCGCUUGCAUUAAUCCCCAGGGCUGUCUCUGCAGCACAGACUGCCCCCUCACCUCUUCGGUGGCUCUUUGGGACUCGGGGCACGGAGCCCCAACCCCUCGCAGGGCGCUGCAGGGUGAAGCACUCCUCCACGUGGCUCUCCCGCCCCGCAGGGCUGCGCAGGCGGCCGGGCGUGCUGGCAGGAGAACCAUUUCCAUAGAAACCAGUUGGGAUGUUGUACGGGGAAUAGUGAUGAGCAGUGAAGGGAUGCUGCCUCGGACCCGGUUUGUUUUUAGGGGGCAGCGAGGGGCAGAGCAGCCCCCAGAUAAUGGAUACCCCCCCGCCGUUCCCUCCUAGGGGGUUUCCCCCCCUCCCUCCCCCCUCCGCUCCUCAGCUUUCGUCACAUUUUCAAAAUGGCCAACCUGGUUAGGAAUAACCAUCACCAUAAAACAGGAUGGAUGGGGUCUGACUACGAACACUGUUGCUGUUAGCAGCAGGAUGUCAGCCAUAAAACACGAAGCAAGGGAGGCAUUGACCUUUCCGCUGUUUGAAAUGAAUGGAGACAUCAAUAUCCAUUGUUUCGUGGCAUUGACCUCUGACGUGCUCCGUUCUCCCUCCCCUUUACUUAUUUAUUAUUUUUAGCAUCCCCCCCCCCCUGCUCUGGAGGAGAGGGGUCACUCGCUUCCAUCUACUGAUUCCCACCUCACUCGGCAAUGGGGAACCCCUCACCGUGCGGAGGGUCCCCGCGCUGUGCCGGUGCUGUGGCUGUGUGCUGAGCCCCACUCCCGCACUGCGUCCCCCCCUUCCCCGUGCAAAGUGAAAGCUCCGAGCUCUGAAGGAAGGCAGAUCAAUACGCGUUUAAUUACGAUGGGGUUUUUAUUUCAGUUUUCAGGCGGUGAAGUGUAACGUUUUAUGUGAGCGCCAUCGGAGCCUGGCCGCCCAGUGCCUUGUUUUAUUUAUUGCUUUAAAGGAGCCCCUUCUUUUGUGAACCUCAGCUCCGCGCAGCGAACGUGAAAUCAGGCAUUGCUAAUGAGCUGCGUGACAAUUAAGUAAUGUAGCACAAAACCAUUAGGACGCUGCGUUUGGUUUUGAAGUUGGUCCUUUGAAGCGGAGCUGCAGCUCCCUGCCCAGGGCUGCCGGGGAGAAUGUUGCUCUUUCAAAACUUUCUUUGAAAAUGAAAUGUCAGCAUAAGAGUCCCUAUGGCUGCCGCCCCUCGCUACGAGCAGCGGGGGGAGAUGGGCGCUCCUCGUGCAGACUGCUGGCGUUCGUGGGGAGGGGAAUUGGGAGAGAGAGAGAGAGCAGGAAGCGGGCGCUUGGUGUGCAGAGCUGGCACCAAAGCUGCCCGUUGGAGAACAGCGGUGCCCUGGGAGGGAAGGAGCUGACCCACAGCUGGGGGGGGGGGGGGGGGGGGGCAGGGAAGGGGGUUGGGGGGCUGCGGCACCGCCGGGCUCCUGGGCUCAGAGCCCUCCAUCCGUGCGCUCAUCUGCUGCUUGUGUUUGCACCUGGCCCCGUGUUCUCGUAGUGAGUCCAGUUCUGAAUGUGCAACUUUCCUGUACGCAGUGGCAUGUAAAACUUCAAAUAAAGAGUGAAUCUGUUCUGAAGCGGG